AUGGCCUGUGCUGUCGUGCUUCUAUUCACCUCACUGCUGCUGCCCGUCCCCACCCUUUCUCCCCCUCGUCCCUCCACUCCCCACCGCACCCUGCUCUUCUGCCCCGCACACCAUACAUCUUGCAUGCUUCGUGCUCACAUCAUGCCCUCCCCUCUCGCAUCCCCUGCACUGCCCUCUUCCCUUCGCGUAAAUCUCGUCAUCUAUCUCAUCAGACACGCCCACACGUCCUUCUCUGCUCCCCCCCCACACACGACCAUGCCGCUCGCGUCCCAUCUCCCCCUCUCCCCCUCCGCCGCUCCUCUCCCACGCGCCUCUCCGCCGCUGCUGCCGUGCCGCACGUACCGCCAUCACCUGUGCCGUGGCCAUGACGUGCCACUCUCCCCUCUUGGCAGACAGCAGGCCAUGGAUCUCCACCCCACGCUCAUCCGCAUUGCCCAAAAAUCGCAACUAGUCCUCGUGUCGCCACUCUCCCGUGCGCUGGAGACUCUCUGCUACGCCUUGCACCUCAACACUCCCACCGCCACCACAUGCCACUGCAACGCCCCCUGCACCACCACCACCAUUCCUGACCCACCAUGCUGCACCGCACCACAGCCCUCCAACUCACCUAAUCAUCCCUUUAACGCACCUGCAAAAACAUCAAACUCCCUUCACCCAUGUCCUCACACACACCACGGACCAACACACGCCCGUUCCAGUGCCUCCCAACCUGCGACCCCCACCACCCUGGCUGCUCCUGCUCUGCUGCCCUCUCUCCCCCCCUGCCGUGCGCUACCGCACUCGCCCCUGCCGCACUCACCCCUGCCGUGCCCUGUGCGUGUGUGUGCGCUGCACUCAGAGCAUGUGGCGGGCCCUGGGGACAUGGGCCGUGACAACGAGAUACUCGCCUCCGACUUCCCGUUCCCCUUCCUCUCCUUCUCUCACCUCCCGCACCACUGGUGGCCCCACCACCAGUCCCACCCUCCCCCCACACCCCUUCCUUCCACACGCACUCCUCCUGCAAUUCCUGCCGCACCGCCCCCUGCAGCACCGACCUCCCCUGCACCGAUCGUGGUCCUAGCAGCAGCAGCAGCAGCAGCAGCAGUUGCAUCGGGUGCGGUAGCGUCCUCUCCGCUUUGCACAGUCCUCCUGCCCCUCGCCCCCACUUUGGCUGCCGCCGCUCUGCCUCCUGCCACCUCCGCUGCUUGGAAUGCGCCCUCCCUGCAUGAGCCCAGAGGUGUGUGUGCCGUUGCCUUUAGCAUGGAGAGCAUGGGCGUGCACAUGCAUGAGGUCAGCAUGCAUUACCCCCCCCGCCCUCACCCCCUCCCUUGUCUCCCACCAGCCGCCCUACGCAAGCGCGUGGGAGAAUUUCGUCGUUUUCUUUCCACGUGCCCCGAGGCCACCAUCGCUGUCAUCGGCCACUCCACUUUCUUCAUGGUACUUACCUUUCUUGCCUGCUUCCCUCAACGACCACUUACCCUUCUUUUCACAUGCAUGCUUUCUGUGCCACUUGCAAUUUGA